CCUUGGGAGAUUUUACCAUUGUGAACAAAAGGUAGCGCAUCCAAAUUGUGGUACAGGAACGCCCUCUUGUUUUCUCUUUCACCACAAAAAUCCUAAAUUCUGUCUGUCUCAAUCUUUUUUUUGUCUCUCCCAUCCACAACUACUACUUGUCUUUCAAUUCAACCAUAUUCUCUACUUGUUUUUUUUUUUAGAUUGAGACACAUCUUAUAGUUUUUAUGUCCAAGGUUUGUGUUUGAUCCUCAUGAAUCAUCAUGUAAAAGAAACUUCUUUGUAUAUCCACCCUAUUUCACUACCAUAUGGCUGCUGCUGACAACACCACCAAACCCACGGAUUAUUACAAAGUGCUGGAGAUUAGUUAUGAUGCAACAGAUGAAGAUAUCAGAUUAAAUUACCGAAGACUCGCCCUGAAAUGGCAUCCUGACAAACACAAAGAUGAUAGUGCCGUUACUGCAAAAUUUCAAGAGAUAAAUGAAGCUUACAAUGUACUGAUCGAUCCUGCCAAGCGUUUAGACUAUGAUUUAACUGGAUCAUGUGAAAUUGAGAAGUAUAGCUUGCAGGAAUAUCUUGCCAGAUUUAAAGGAAUGAUUCUGACUUGCAAUGGACUUGGUAUAAGCCACGAAGACAGAUGGUCACCACAAUUGAUUGAAGGUUUUGAACGACCAGAUAAAUAAGACAGGCAUACUGAUCUCAGUUUUGACGAGCAGAGUUAUGAAUACCCAGUUUUGCUGCGGAUUUGAAACCUCGAUAGUUUAGUAUCCAAUGAUAAAGGGGCCCGGUCUACUUGAAUCAUUGUGACAUACAUAUGCAGCAUACAUUACUAUUGCUUGUGUAUAGUUUUAGUUUAGCAACUAAAAUAUACUUAUGGAAUGGUGCAUUAAGAAACUUUUAUGUAAUUAAGGAUUUCAAGCUUCUUUUGUG